CCUCGACAAGAUUGUUCUCGAGAGUGUUGACUCAUUUCCUGUGUGUCCUGUCCUUGACUUGUCGAUGUCAAUUGUCGAGUCGUCUCAUAUCAGCGACUGACAGCGAGAGAGGCUACAUUGUUUAACAGGAGACUCCUGUGUUUAAAGAUAAGUGUAAGGUGCUUUAAGUUUGUAAACAUGGUGACUUGGUGGACGAGUGCCUGUUUUUGUGCACUUUUUCUCAUUAGCACAUGUUCCAGUCAACUUUGUAAUAAGACAGUGUCGGUUGAGGUGACAAGUAGUGGUCGUUUGAUGUUACCAUCUGUUGGUAGUGUCAUUUUGUGGACUGAUAAGCGUGUUCAAAGUUGGAAUUUUUCUAAUGGAACAAGUCUAUCUGAUCGUCAGUACAUAUCUGUGGGUACAGAAGAUUCAUAUUACAUAUUAGUUGGUGGUGAUACAACUUAUAAUGUCACUCUUGAAUUUGAUAUACGUGCUAUUUCAUGCAAGAAUAUUACUCUGGACUUACAAGUUUCUUCUCGAAGUUUUAGUUGUGUUCCUGUUAGUAGUUGUGGAACUUCAGAUGAUAUUGAUGUUACUAGAAUAAGAUGGUUGAAGGCGUAUUACAUUGAUGACGACAGUUAUGUAGAUGACUAUCAAGAGUUAGGCUCUAGUGGGUGUGAUGGUUUUAUGCCAGUUGGUAUAGACAAUCAUAUUGGUAGAGAUCGUAUAACCUUUAAUGAUUCACGAAGUGAAGAUAACAGGAUAAUUUCUAAUGGGACUCUUAUUAUUACGCAAGACAAUGCAUGCUCAGCUGGAUAUUACAUUGCUGUUGCUGAUGGAGUAAUAAUAUAUCAAUUUACUUUUUAUUAUGGACCAGAAUUUGUUAACAAUCCUUCUACAGAAAGUGCUAAAGUCACACUGGGGGCAGAUAAUUUUCAUGAGUUUUCCUGCCUUUUCCGAUCCUUUCCAUCUCCCAUUGUGACAUGGUAUCUGAAUGAUCAAGCAGUUAAUGAGCCAAAUGUCAGAUAUGUCAACAUAUCUUCAAACAACAAUAUGAUGCCAAAUACGACUGUUACUAGUGUUGCCUAUGAUUACACAUGGACUCUUUUUGGUGGUCUGACAAUUAAUGAUGUACAGUAUGAGAAUGGUGGCAGAUACAGAUGUUCAGGAUCCAAUGGAUACAUGACUACUGAAAGUGAUAGCAGACUUUUGAGAGUUCAAAGUCCCCUUCGUCCUCUUUGGCCUAUAUUAGGUAUCAUUGCUUCUUGUAUUAUUACUGCUGUAUUUAUUGCUGCUGGAUAUAUUGUGGACAAAAUUAAAGGAGAUGACAAAACGACUAUUAGUCAAGAUGAAAUUGAUGGAAACACAUCCAUGCCAGAAAAGCCAUUAAGGGAAAUUGACUCUUUUUCGGGAAACUAUGGUGCUUUUCGUCCAUCGUCAGUGAAUUCGUUCAAUGAGGAUGAUACAAAGGAACUGUACAGGAGAUCAUCUAGUGCUAAGGAAUUGCUGCCUAAUCAGACUUCAUAAUAGUGACAUGCAUAUAGUUUUAAUUAAUAAAAUGCCUUAUGCUUCAUGAACUCUUUGAUUAUGUCCUGUACUUUAGCUGUUAUGAAUUUUAGUUAAUUCAUUAUUAUUUGUGCUACUAA